AUGGAGGAAUCAUCCACAACCAGCCUACCCACCCAAGACUUUCAAGAUGAUAUUUCAGAUGGCGAAGGUUACUUUGAGGAUGCGGAUGAUAUGCUGGAAUCCGAUUUAGAAGAGGAGGAAGAUGACGAUACUGAUUUGGAAACCGGCUUCCGUGCUGCUGCCACUGAGUUGAGACAGAACCACUACAGCUUCUCCAAACCUGACGCAUUGUACGAGUUUCUCUACAGGUUCAGAGACGUUACCGGGCUGGUUACGGAAGAUUCUGGUACCCUCUUGCAUGUUGCCAUUGAACUCGCCAAGACCGACAAGGACGUCCGCUCCAGCAACAUGAUGCCACUUAUCCAAAGCAUAGUCAAAGAGCAUCCCCAGUUGUUAACGGCAAGGAAUUCCGAGGGCCUUACACCUCUAUACAUGGCAAUUUGCACACGAAAACCCCUUCUGAUUGAAGCCAUACUAUCCGACUGUGCCAAGUAUGCAGAGUGGCAGUCAGCAGUCCAAGAUUCUAUCGAAAUUCCUAAUGUUCAACAAAACAACAGGUCUUGCUUGCACAUGGCCUUUCGAUUGGACAUACAUGUUCAAUUCUGCUUCAACUACAAAGGCCUCCCUUCAACCAUCACAGACACUGCCUUCGAAUCGGCCUUCGGAAGGAUGAAGUUUGACGAUACACUCCAAUUUGUCUCGUGUCCGAAUGUGAAGGUCGAACUAACUGGUCGUCGCCGACUCCUCCAUGACACACAGAAGGGCGGGAAAGGACGUCGAGACGUGCAAUUCUUUUUUGAUUGGCUGUAUACUAAAGGUGUUCGCUACAUCAUCAGGGUCGCCGUCGAAGAAUCUGGUGAGUUCCCGCACAGUGACCAGGCGAUAUUGGAGUCACUGGAAAGGAUACAGGUUGAGCACCUUAACUGGCAAAAGGUCGAUAUGGACCCCCAGGUCGUUUGUAGAUUGGGAGCCAAGGCAACUUGGCGACAAGAUGAUUCAGGAAAAUCUAUAAGCUCUGGCAGUGAAAUCAAAGAGUUAACUCUCUCUUGGAGUGGUAAUAAUGCGGUUUUGAGGGCUUGGAGUGAGCCGGAAGGGUUACUGUUGCUGCCCAGACUGAGGAAGAUCAAUAUUAUUGUCCCUCCAGCCGAGGAGAUGACCGAGUCUCAAGAAUGGUUAUCAAAUUGUAUUCAAGACUUUCGUCAACGUAUAGACAGACUAUCACUUGGAGUUGUAGUCCCAAAAGAGGGCGAGAGCGGCAAAUUUCGGAAGACGGAACUUGUUCCAGAUUCCGAAUCUACUAAGAGAGACAUUGAGGUUUUCUUUAUUCAGAAGAAGGGGGAGGGUAGGGACUGGGAGGAGCUUGGUACCCUUGGCCAAAGUCGAGCAAUUGCUGAGUCACGAGCUGGGCAUAGAUGGCUUGAUUCAGUUUAUGGGUUCGCAGAUGUCAUCAAACCAAUGUGGCAUCAAUUAUACAACAACACAGAUAUCGCAGAUGAUGUCGUGGUCGCCCUGAUAGACGAUGGUAUCGACGCUUACGGUUCUUCCGUAUCGGAAAACAUUAUAGGUGGAAAAAGCUUUGCAUUUGACCACGAAAGCAAUGUUGCCAGCCCCUAUUACGUCUCACAGUUUGGUCACGGUACAGUUAUGGCGAGAGCAGUUGUGAGAGUUUGUCCAAUGGCCAAGCUCUAUCCCUUGCGAGUCAACAUACUCGUCUCUAAAACUGAAUCUGGAAAGUCAGAUGUCGAUCUAAAAUCGGCCGCUCUUGCUGUACAGGCAGCAAUCAAUCGAAAGGUCAAUAUCAUUCUUAUAUCCUGGUCGAUCGAAACCGCCAAUGCCAAUUCCAGUGCCCAUGAUAAGGACAUGCUCUAUAAGAUGCUUCAGAAGGCGUAUGAUCAUGAAAUCCUCAUGUUUUGUCCCUCUUCUGACAGCGAAGAGCUACAAACUUCUUCACCCCUUCGCCCCGAUCUCUUCUUUCGAGUUGGAACAGCUCGCGAUGACGGCGGAGUACUCGGUCGAUCCGUACUUACUUCAGAUACCGACUUCAUAUUCCCCGGAAGCGAAGUCAUUUUACAGCACGAAAUCGACAGUUCCAGGCAUUCCAACGAGAGUCCAGACACCGACGCCAUUAGCAUGUAUUCUGGUUCAUCCGUCAGCGCUGCCAUGGGAGCAGGACUUGGAGCCAUUCUUAUCUGCUCGUUUAAAUUUAUCUUGCGGAAGUUUGCACUGAAAGAAUAUCGCACUCGUCUAGCUUUGGAACGAGACUACAGGGUCAACAGGGAAGCGUUACAAAGUCGCCAUGUCAUGAUACAGGCGUUUCAAAACCUUGGCUCAAUGAUAGAUAGCAGAUUUGUGAAGGCUUGGGAAACUCUUGAUCCAAUAAUCGAAGAGAUGAAAGACGCUUCAUUGGAAGAUCCUGGCCUUGAUCGCUUAGCCCGUUUUUUCAUGCAAUUGGAGCUUCAAGGUGAUAAAUAG